CGAUCUAGAUGGGAUGCGCCCGCCAUCAUGAUUCUCCGAGAAAUUCUUAUCGCGGCGGUAUUCUGUCAAGGCAUUGCAGCAGUUAUUAUAUCAGGACAGCGACGAGAUCCCAUCGCAUUCUUUGGCUAUGAUUGGUGGAUAAUUCUCGGACAGACGGAAGACAGCAAUACCCUGAACGGCCUAACGGUACAUUUUAACGACGUCGAAACCAGUGAUGACGGCCCAAAGGAUAUGACGGCAUGGGAAUUUAAAGGAACCCAAAAUUCGUAUGUCAGAGUUGAAAAUCCUUCAAAUGGUCCGUUAGAAUUUGACAAAAGUUUUACAAUCGGUACAUAUUUUUAUCAAGAUUACAUUAAGAACGUCCCCAUCGUCGAAUGGAGGGGUCGCAGUGGUGACCCCUUCGGGACACAUUUCUGGAUAUGGGAACAGUUGCUUUUCAUCAACUUGGGCCCCACUUGGGGAGAUGCUUUCGGCCAAAAUUGGCACAGUGAAGUUUCACCCGGCGGCUGGCAUUUUAUAGGCGCAAGUUACAACCAUUUGGAGGGCAAUCUGACCAUGUGGAUAGAUACCAUCGACUACGCUCAUGUUACUCACAUCGGGCUGCAAACGUCAACUUGUAUCGGAGAUGUGUAUGUGGGAAAGAGUCCUCAUAAGAAGAGUGUCAAUCAAACGAAGACAAAACUUGCUGGACUAACCAUCAUUGAUGGCGCGAUUGACAAAGAGCAGAUUAAGGAAUUUAAGUGCAACAUUGUGGCAUUCGUGGCAAAUGAAUCGCCUGAGGUGUCCUUCCUCGAUUGGAUCCCGCACACAGAUAAUUUCUUCACCAGCUGCUACUUUGAGCCUGACGACAUUCCUCUCAAACUGCAAGGAUUACCAGCGGCGAAUCCCAAGACGUAUGCGUGUAGUAGCAAAGCGACGAACCCUCAUCAGUUCUUUGCAACCAGCUGGUGGAACGUAUUGGGUCAAGACGAAAACAAUCCAAAUCUAAAUGGUCUUCAAUUGGAGGUUGAAGGAGUGGAUACAACCAUGGACGGCCCCAAUGGUAUCCCGUGCUGGAACUUCUUGGGUUCGCCCAACUCUUACAUCCGAAUACCCAAUCCAAUAGGAGGCCACCUUGACAUGCGAGAUAGCUUUACCAUCGGCACAUUUAUAUACCAGUCAGAGUUGAGGAAUGGUGCAAUCUGGGAGUGGCGAGGGAAGGAACGAUCAAGGCAGGGUUUUGCUACCCACUUUUGGAUUUGGGGUCACGCGCUUUUCGUGAAUCUGGUUGGAAUUGGUCAACAUCGCUUCAAUGCAGUGCAAAUCAAUAGCUGGCAUUUCAUAGGAAUGAGCUUCAGCCGAGAGAGGAGUCACUUCAUAAUGUGGAUCGAUGACGCUUCGAAUUCUUAUGGGCAAUACGUUAGUGGAUCUGCUUCUGCAUUCGGUGAUGUGUACAUUGGGAACCGUGGAUCGAAUCACAAUUUUGUCCCGUUUAAAGGAAAACUAGCCGGAAUGACCGUACUUAAUGGAGACAUUGAACUAGACCAGAUUGACGACUUUAAGUGCAAGAUAUUGUUGAAUGUCGCUUUAGGUAUCCCAGCGCCAAGUAGAACACCAGCCGUUCCCCAAUCUCGACUUCUUGGCAACGACUGGUGGAUCAUUUUAGGACAAGAUGAACAGAGUCAAACACUGAACGGCCUCCAAUUACAAGUCCACGGCGUUACGACAACUGGUUCUGGUCCUUUCGGACUCACACCAUGGGAGUUCAAAGGCACAAUACAAUCAUACAUAAAAAUCAACAACCCACACAAUGGACAUUUAAAUUUCGAUAUGAGCUUUACAGUCGGGACUUUUAUCUAUCAAAAUGAGACAAAAAAUGGACCCAUCCUAGAAUGGCGAGGCAAACGGAAUGGAUGGGGAACCCAUUUGUGGAUCUGGCACAGGACCCUUUUCUUGAAUCUGGCACCUCGAUUCGGUGGCAGGAGCGAGCACUUCCAUACUGCAGUGGAACCCAGGAAGUGGAGCUUCGUCGGCGCCACCUUCGAUCAUGAUACAGGAAGUCUAACCAUGUGGGUCAAUGGUAAUGUCUUCCAGCAGAAUGUCGGUAGACGUACCCCGGACUCCCGUGGCAAUAUCUACAUUGGUAACCGUGGUUCGGCAAGGUGGUUUGAACCAUUCAAGGGCAGUCUAGCUGGACUGACAGUACUGAACGGUGCCAUUAACGCGUCUGAAAUAAAGCUGUUUAAGUGUCUUAUUGUUGCAUUGGCUUCAAAAGGGUCAUAUCCGAUAGCAUGGGACCCAGCUGCUGACAAAAGCUUUGAGAGAUGCCAACUUGAACCAGACCCAACUGUCUCAACGCAGCAGGCUAAUCACAAAACGUACACAUGCAAUGGCUUCCAGAGUUUGAGCACAUACUUCGGGUUUAACUGGUGGAAUAUUCUAGGCCAAAAUAAAAUCAAUACGCACCUAAACGGCCUUUCACUCGACGUCGUUGGGGUAGACACAUCUAGGGAUGGACCAAACGGAAUCGCCGCAUGGAACUUUAAGGGAAAUUCCAGAUCAUACGUCAGGGUAACUAACAGAGGCCAUUUAGACCUAGUGGACUUCACGAUAGGAACCUUCAUCUAUCAGCACCAGAUCACAAAUGGUGCAAUCCUGGAAUGGAGGGGGCCAGAUAAUGCGCGAUAUGGGGCCCAUUUCUGGAUCUGGUUUCAUGUUCCUUUCGUAAAUCUUGGCGCAACAAGCUCUCACUUCCGCGAGGCCGUGCCUACGGAUAGCUGGCACUUCAUCGGGGCGAGUUAUAGCCACAGGUCGGGGAGGCAAUUGAUGUGGAAAGACAAUACGACGAACGUCAGGGAUUUUGGACCAGGCAGGCGUGCCAAGUGCAGUGGAGAUGUCUUUAUAGGGAACAGAGGAUCAGACCAUUCGUUCUCGCCAUUCAAAGGAAAGCUGGCUGGCCUGACGAUACUAGAUGGCGCUAUAUCUGAGUCAGAGAUUGAAGAGUUUAAGUGCAAAAUAUUGGCGACUGUUUCAACAUAAGAAAUCCCAAUUGCAUGGUGACGAUUAAGUUAUGGAUCCUCAAAGACUCAAAGAUUCAGUACUUCCGAUAUUAUAGAUACAUAAUAGAAAGAUUUGUCACCAGGGCAUUCUACUUCGGGACACUUAAAAAUGUUACAUCUGCAACAUCCUCUUGACCUGCAACGUACUCUCUACUAUACCACAGUAGAGCAUUUCACUGUCGUCGAUAUCGCAUUAAACAGUGAACAUUCUACUGUGUGUUUGCUUUUGCGCACAUUCUCUGCGCAACGAAGAAUACCAUUGAAUAUUCUGGAAUAUUGAUGAAUGACCACGUGUUUUUAAUUUGUGCUAUAUAUAUAGUUUUUGACUGUAGCCGAAUAUAUAAUAAAUCAAUAAAUCAAUUUGAAUUUGAAA